GCUUGUUCUCGUUGUUCACUGUUUUUAUUAUUUAUUGAUCCCAAUCUAAAUACUCCGUAAACCAAAGGCUAUUUGCUUUUAUUUUGUUACAAUUUGUACAAAGAUAAUAAAACACAUCUUGUGAAUUUAAAACAGCAGCUAUGCUGCCACGUCAAUAUUACAACGAGCAAGACCUCCGCAAACGACAAAUUGAUACGUUAAAAAUAUUCAAUGACAAUGUGCAAGAAGUGACUGAAAACACGGAAUACAAAGUAGAUUUCACUAUAAACGGGAGGAUUUUCAGCUUGAAUGUGAUAUUAGGGCCUGAGUUUCCUAAUGAGAAGCCAGUGAUAUUGGUGAAUCCUCCGGUGUCACAUCCAUGGGUAGCGGAACAUUCGAGUCAAGUGGUGGGGGCUCCGGGGUUGAUCCAGUUCACUGUGCAUUCUGAUUUGGGUCGAGUUGUGCAUGCUGUUAUUAGGGAGCUCCAGAAAGCAGUGCCAGUGGAAGAAGAGCCCCCACAGAGCAGCCCCUCGCAUGCCCCACACUCCCUGUUAUUCCCCGAGCUGGGGGAGCUCACCAUUGAGGAGCUGCAUGAGAUCCUCGAGAACACCGACUUGCAGGACAAACUUCUAGAAACCACCCCCCAACUCCUGGCCCUGAACCUGGAGACAGAAGAGCUCAUGCUGAGCAUCGAGAGGAUAGCCCGGGACAACAUCGCGGAGCAACAGAGGCUGGAGGAACUGAAGACUGACGUUGUGGACCGGAUAUCCGCGCUGUUCCAGAUGAAGAUCAACUAUGAGGAGCUGCACACUAGACAUCAGAAAUUGUCGGAGGAAUAUGAUCCGCACCGCAUAAGAGAUUGUCUGAAGACGGCUGCUUUGAAGGCAGACGAAGACGCGGAAUCUAUCGCAGAACAGUUUCUGUUGGGUAAGAUGCCAGUGGAGAGUUUUAUCUCGCAGUUCGCCGAAACGCGCGCCCGCGGCCAGGCGCGAAGGGCGAGGGAAGAGAGACUAGCACAUCAGCUAGCGCAGCUACACCGCGCCACCUAGGGCAGAUGGCUACAGACGAAUAUACUCAUACACUCAACAAAAUAACCUAACCACAAAAUUAAAAUUUUGAAAAACCCCCGACCGCGUCAUAGUGGACCGAUUUUCAUGAAACAUGGCUAAGAACACUCCC